CACUUAAUGACGUUUACUACCUCCGCCUGCCCACCACCUCCCACCUCCCACGCCCACCGCCGCUCACCAUCCACCCCUUCCCUUCUUUACUCACCAACUACGUGGCCUCUUCACCCUCAGACCACAUUUCCUUUCCCCCCCCCACUUUCUUGGCAACUUCUCUCUCCCUCCCUCUCGCUUUCUUCACUCUCUCUUCUUUGACUAUGUAAACUCUGCUGCACAGUAACACCCGAGGGAGAAGAAUUUCAGGAACUCGAAUAUCUCAUCGGACCCGACCUUCCACCUUCUGCCUUCCUCUAUGGACUAUCGAGCCUCCUCAACUGUCUACAACAAGUUUUCUAAUGCUCGUAGUUUCAACGAUAAAUCGGCCUACGAUGGCGUCUUUGCUGCUCCGUCGAAGCACGGAGCUCCGGUCUUCUCUGCUCGAGUUGAGGACUACAGAGAGAUUUUUGGCGGUUCCCGAGUUUCUUCGAUUCCGAUUCUCGAUGUUCCGGCACUGAGCGAUAAGAAGUUUCCGGUUGAUGUUCGUACUUCGAAAGUUGAAUAUUCGAAGAUUUUUGGUGGCUUUGAUGAGUUAAAUUUCGCCAUACCUUAUGAGGAGCUUCUGGUGGAGGCAAACAAAACAAAUUCGUUUUCUCAGAAAACUCGGAUCUCUGCUGGAAGAGGAUCCACGGCAGCUGAAAAUUCUUCUCAGUAUGAAAAGGAAAGUAACUUUUCCACCCGUGAAGCUUCAUCUCAACCACUUGAUAGAAUGGAGAAAUUCAGCGUGUCAUAUCAAAAGAUCAACCAAGGAAACAAAAGUUAUUCUGCCGAGACAGCUCAUGUAGCUCUUCCCCAUGCCAUUCCAGGUUUUUCAUGUGUAAUUGAUCAACAAUCUCCUGUACAGAUGUCUGGAACUGGUAUGCCAUCGUCCGAAAAAUUGAAUAAUAUUCGCCCAGAAAACAUUGGGAAUACUGAAGCGGCAGAUAAGUCUUAUCUUCCAAUUUCUGGUGAUAGUGAACAGGUAUUUAAGUCUAGUAAUCCAACCAAUUCCCAGAGCAGAACUGGGUGGUUUAGAUCAGAUUCAGCUGAUAAGUUAUUCAAUGGGUAUGAGGUGGAUCAAGGGGUUCAGAAUCCUGACACUCCACCAAAAUGUAAUUUUCUGCCUAAGUUUGGUAUAGAUGCGGGAUUUUCAGGGAGAACAACUGGUUUAAAGUCUGAAGCUUUUGAACAUUCUAAAGAUCCUUGCGACGGUUCUUCACCGCCAUAUUUUGGUGAGGAUGUGGAGGUGAAUCCAGUUGCUGCUGCCUCUGUUGCAGCUUUGAGAAAAGCAAUUGACGCUGCUCAGGAAAGUAUAAAAAUUGCCAAGGAGUCGAUGGAAAGAAGGAAAACUGCCGGACUUCAAAAACAUAAAAAAGCAAGUUCUUCUAGGAGGCUAACCUCUGAAGAGAAAAGGGUAGUAAAAACUUCAAACAAUUCGGGCACAUGCCAAGAGAAGGUGGCUGGGGAAACUUGUCGAAAAGUGGAUACUUUGGAGCAAGCGGUUGCUGAAAUCAGGAGACAGAAUUCAACUACAGAAUGUCCUGUCACUCAAAGUGCAGUGAGGGAAAAUUUAAAUGCCUCAGGAACAAAUAAUAUGGAAUUUAAGAUGACAGAAGUUGAAUGUAGGGAGGAAGAGGGUGAAGAAUUAGAUGCAGAAGAACAAUUUUAUGAACCUAGGUCUUUUGGUGAAGACGAGGCAGAAGAACUGGAACCUGUCAAGGAAGACAAUGCAGAUGGAUAUGAAUGGCAAGGAAACAAUGGAUUGAAGAAAACAUUUGAGAAUCCUGGAGAGUCUGGUGAUAGCUUGGUUGUGGUCAAAGAGGCUGGACCGGAGGAAGGUGGCAUAAACUUAAGUGUAGUCAAAGGCAUCCUUAUGAGCAAAUUAAAGUCAGUUCUAGGUGUCGUUGAGCAUGUAGAAGAUAAAAUGAAAUUUGGCCAAAACCAAAAUCAGCUAGAAACGAACAUGAAAGUUGAAUCAUCAAUGGAGCAUAAGAAAUGUGUGGAAUUGCUGGAAGAACUUAAAGUAACAAAAGAUCACGAGGAGUUCGCAAACAGGGAGAUGGAGGAAGAGAAUGAUAUGGAGACCCAUUUUAAGGCCCAUCAAUGGGGGGUGGAGGAAGUAAGACAUAUCUGCCAACAAGAAGAAAAGGAGAUGGAAACAAAUACUGUGCAAAUUGAAAAUAAUGUUGAAAAGAUAUUAGACAAAACUAAUGAAGACGAAAGAAAUAUAAAUUUGAUUGAUGACUUCCAUGAUGAUGGCAAAGAUUCUCAUGUCAUGGAAGAAAGUGGCGAAUUGAAACUAAGCAGCCUUCAAGAAAACAAACAGGAUGAUGAGAUAAUUGAAGGGAUUUCCUUUCAUUUGUUCAAUCAUGAGAUUGAACAUGUUCUUAGACAAAUAAACAUUGGUGAAUGUGGAGUACCAGAGAGCAUUGUAAAAGCAACGCUAGACAAUCGGAAUACCGAGAGUAAAAUUGAAUUACAAGAUGGUUCAUGUAAGCAGGAUGAGGUUAGCAAACUCUCAGAAGAUCAGGAAGCUAGUGAUUUUAUAGAAAGUAUGGAAGAAGUGGAAGUGAUUCUUGACCAACCUGCAUACCGAGACAUUGAUAAUUCAAAAGAUGUAGAAAAAGUUUCCUUUGAAUUUGAAAGUAAUGAAUCUGAGACAAUUACAGAGGGUGACAUGGAGGAUAGGUUGCCUUUUGAAUUGUUUUCCCUGGCCGAGGAUGCACUUAAACGUAGAGAAUUUAAAAUUAGGAUGGAUCAUUCACACAUAAGCCCUGUUAUAAUCCAAAAUGGGGUGGAUUUUGGUGUGAUCGAUAUUAAAUUGGGGCAGAAAUAUAAAGAAGCUUUGGCUCCAGAAUUUAGAGAAAUUGAGAGAAAUAUAGAGGAAAUUGAAUUCUCAACAAACAAAGAAAAUGAUGACAACAAUUCAAAUGAAGAAGUGACGUUCCGAACUGCAAAUAAUAUCAAUAUUGAAGCAAGCAAUGAGCCUAGUACAUCUGAAGAUAACAAGAAAGUCAGUGAAGAGGCAAUGGAGGAAAUGGUCACGAGAAUAAUUGCUGAAGCAACUCAGGAGAACUAUCAAGCAACCAUCAAAGUAGAAGAAAGUGAAACUGAUUAUGUAUUGAAAAAGGAAAUGCAGUUAGACUCGAAUGAGAACAAUAAUAGAGCAGGUAGCCAAUCUGGCACGAUUGAAAUAGAUUCAGGAAUAAUUCAUAUGAUCAAAACAAGUCAAAGUUCAAGAGAAAGUGAGGAGAGUUAUCACGUGACAGAGGAUGAAAUGGAAGCUAGUGAUUCCUCUGACGAAGAGUUGGAAUAUGCAGCUCACUUGGAAAAUUUAGAAGUUAAUUCGUCUGGAAGUUCUGAAAGUAAAGAAAAUUUAGCUGACAUGGAACAGGAAAUUAGUACUAGCCAAAAGGUUACAAAUAAUGAGGAUCAUCAAACGACCCCAAUCCUGGGUGAAACUGAAACUAAUGCUGACAUGCAGACAAGAGAAGCAGGGGUUGAAUCCAAAUUCAACAGUGAGACAGCAGCUCGUGGUUUGUCUCAAGCUAAAGAGGUAGUAGAGAAAUUAGCUGAGAAUUUGGCAAAUCAAAGUAUCUUAGAAACUGGGGAGAAUGAUCAAGCGACCCAUUUAAUGGAGGAGGAGAAUGUAUUCCAUGAAACAUUUGAGAAAGAAGCUGAAGUGAUCAAGGGACGGCAGAGAAAAAUUGAUGAAGCCAAAGAAAAGGAGAAAGAGAGAGAGAGAUUAGCUGUAGAAAGAGCAAUUCGUGAGGCCCGUGAAAGGGCAUUUGUAGAAGCCCGAGAGAGGGCCGCUGCCGGGAGAGCUUCUGCUGACACCCGUAGAAGAGUAAUGGCUGAGGCACGUGAUCGCUCAGGGAAGGUUUCCAUAGAGACCAAUCAUAAGCCUUCUGCUGAUAAGGUUUCAAAGGAAGCCAAAUUAAAAGCUCAACGUGCUGCUGUUGAAAUGGCUACUGCUGAGGCUAGGGAGCGUGCUUUAGAAAAAGCUAUGUCUGAGAAGGCCAUUUCUGAGGCACGAAAUCUUGCUGACAAGAUUGUUGCCGAAAAAUUACAUGGUGCCGCUGGAGAUAGCAGAGUAAAGAAGAGUUUUUCAUUUAGUGACUCUCAGCCAAAAGGCCCAGGUUCUUCCAACAAUUUCAGGCAUGCGAAUUCAUUUAACCUUGGAGGCGCUGACUCUUCAGAGAGAGAGGUGGGAUCUUCUGGGGAAUCAGCUCAAAGAUGUAAAGCCAGGUUGGAGAGGCAUCAACGAACCGUUGAGCGUGUGGCAAAAGCUCUUGCAGAGAAGAACAUUCGUGACAUUCUUGCACAAAAAGAACAGGAAGAGAGAAAUAGACUUGCGGAAUCUCUAGAUGCUGAAGUUAAACGGUGGUCAAGUGGGAAGGAGGGAAAUCUGCGUGCAUUGCUCUCAACUCUUCAAUAUAUUCUUGGGCCUGACAGUGGGUGGCAGGCAGUCCCUCUAACAGAUAUCAUCACGACUGCUGCUGUCAAGAAAGCUUACCGUAGAGCAACUCUUUCCGUUCAUCCUGACAAAUUGCAACAACGUGGUGCAACCAUUCAACAAAAGUACAUAUGCGAAAAGGUUUUUGAUCUUUUGAAGGCUGCAUGGAACAGGUUCAACGUGGAGGAAAGAUAGCAACAUGAUCGGUCGAGUUACUUCCUAAAUUUCAUUUUAAUUGCAUCAUUAUUCAUUGUUAUGCCUACUAACCAUAGCGUAUUCUUUGAAGGCAGUUACAAUGGGAAACGAAAUGCAACACAAUUCUUUCAAUUUGUAAUCUAUAUCUGUUAGUGACCAUUUGGUCAUAUGGUGGAGGAGGGGAGAUAGGGUGACAUUUCUCUUUAGUUUAAAUCAUUUUAGUGGAAAGAAUCCGGUGGUGGUUGUUCAUCACUUACAUUUGCCACUCAAAUUUUAUUUUAGAUGGUUGGCAUGCCAAUUGAGCUCUAUUUGCUUUGGUUUCAUAAUGAAAGUUAGUUGAUGUAAAAUAUCGUUUUAUUGCUAAUAUAAUCAAUAUUUUUAUA